AAGUGCUCUGAUCUAACACUAGAGGAAAUGAAAAAACAGGCUGCUGUCCAGUGUCUUCGCUCUGCUUCUGAUGAAAGCUCUGGGAUUGAAACCUUAGUGGAGGAGCUUUGCUCCAGACUGAAAGACCUUCAGAGUAAGCAAGAGGAGAAGAUUCACAAAAAGUUAGAAGGCUCUUUGUCUCCUGAGACUGAUUUAUCUCCCACAGCAAAGGAUCAAGUAGAAAUGUACUAUGAAGCAUUUCCUCCUCUUUCUGAAAAGCCAGUUUGCCUGCAGGAAAUUAUGACUGUAUGGAAUAAAUCUAAAGUAUGCUCUUACUCUAGCUCCUCAUCUUCAUCCACUGCUCCACCAACUAGCACAGAUACAUCUUCUCCAAAGGACUGCAAUAGUGAAAGUGAAGUAACUAAAGAUAGAAGUAAUAAAGCAUCUGCCACUGUACAGGAAAGAACCCAGCAGAAGAAAAGUAAAAAUGAGAAAGAAAACAAGUUUAGUAGUAACACUGUUGAAGAGAAGCCUGUUUUGUACAAAAAGCAAGUCCGACAUAAGUCUGAGGGAAAGAUGCGUCCUCGCUCCUGGUCAUCUGGAUCCAGUGAGGCUGGCUCAAGUUCUAGUGGUAACCAAGGUGAAUACAAGGCAUCAACAAAAUGCAUUAAAGUAAGACACAAAACAAGAGAGGUUCGAAAUAAAAAAGGGCGUAAUGGGCAAAGCAGGCUUUCAGUGAAAUCUGGUGAAAAGGCUGAUAGAAAAGGCCACAGCGGAAGCAGUAGCAGCAGUAGCAGCGGGUCCAUCAAACAGCUGUGCAAAAGAGGUAAAAGGCCAUUAAAAGAGAUUGGAAGAAAAGAAGCUGGCGGUAGUGAUGGAAAAGAUUUGUAUUUAGACAGCAGAAAUGAAAAGGAAUAUAAAGAAGAACCCUUGUGGUAUACUGAGCCUAUUACAGAGUACUUUGUUCCUCUUAGCAGAAAAAGCAAGCUGGAGACUACAUACCGCAACAGAGAAGAUAUAUGUGGCGUAACAUCAGAGGCUGUGGAAGAGUUGUCUGAAUCAGUGCAUGGUCUUUGUAUUAGCAACAAUAAUAUUCAUAAAACAUACCUCGCAGCAGGUACUUUCAUUGAUGGUCACUUUGUAGAAAUGCCUGCAGUUCUAAAUGAGGAUAUUGACCUCACUGGGACCUCAAUAUGUUCUCAACCAGAGGACGACAAAUAUUUAGAUGAUGUUCAUCUGUCAGAACUCACACACUUCUAUGAAGUGGAUAUUGAUCAAUCCAUGUUGGAUCCUGGUGCCUCAGAUACGAUGCAAGGGGAGAGUCGGAUUUUAAAUAUGAUUCGACAAAAGAGUAAAGAAAAAACUGAUUUUGAGGCAGAAUGUUGCAUAGUGUUAGAUGGAAUGGAGUUGCAAGGGGAAAGUGCAAUAUGGACAGAUUCGACCAGCUCUGUUGGUGCUGAAGGGUGGUUCUUGCAAGACCUUAGUAAUUUAGCUCAAUUUUGGGAGUGCUGUUCAUCUUCUAGUUCUGGUGAUGCAGAUGGGGAAAGUUUUGGAGGAGAUUCUCCAGUCAGAUUCUCCCCCAUCUUAGACAGCACAAUGCUUAAUUCACACAUGCUUGCUGGCAAUCAAGAGCUCUUUUCAGAUAUUAAUGAAGGGUCUGGUAUAAACUCUUGUUUUUCAGUGUUUGAAGUGCAAUGCAGUAACUCUGUUUUACCAUUUUCUUUUGAAACACUCAACUUGGGAAAUGAAAAUGCAGAUUCUAGUAGCACUGCUAAUAUUCUUGGGAAAACACAGUCUAGAUUGCUAAUAUGGACCAAAAAUAGUGCCUUUGAUGAAAAUGAACACUGUUCCAAUCUUUCAACAAGAACCUGUAGUCCAUGGUCACAUUCGGAAGAAACACGUUCAGACAAUGAGACUUUAAAUAUUCCAUAUGAAGAAUCCACGCAAUUUAAUGCAGAAGAUAUUAAUUAUGUUGUUCCUAGAGUGUCUUCAAGUUAUGUAGAUGAAGAAAUUCUAGAUUUUUUGCCAGAAGAAACCUGCCAGCAACAAGCUAGAACUUUAGGAGAAAUGCCCACUUUGAUUUUCAAAAAAAAAUCUAAGCUAGAAUCUGUCUGUGGUAUUCAGCUAGAACAAAAAGCAGAAAGUAAAGACUAUGAAACUACACAAGGGUGUAGUGAAAGCAGUCCACAUGGAGAUGGCUACAGCUCAGGGGUUAUUAAAGAUAUUUGGACAAAUAUGACAGACAGAAAUUCUGCAGCGAUGGUAGAAAUAGAAGGAAUAGAAGAUGAAUUGUUUUCGACUGAUGUAAAUAACUAUUGCUGCUGUUUGGAUACAGAAGCAAAAGUUGAAACCCUCCAGGAGCCCAAUAAAGCAGUGCAGAGAUCAGAGUAUCAUCUUUGGGAAGGUCAAAAGGAGAAUUUAGAGAAGAGAGCCUUUGUCUCAAAUGACUUAUCAAAAGUAGAUGGUGGUGAUUAUACUACACCAUCAAAACCUUGGGAUGUUAACCAGGAUAAAGAAAACUCAUUUAUACUUGGUGGUGUGUAUGGGGAGCUCAAAACAUUUAACAGUGAUGGAGAAUGGGCAGUGGUGCCUCCUAGUCACUCAAAAGGGAGCUUAUUACAGUGUGCAGCUUCUGAUGUAGUGACAAUAGCUGGUACAGAUGUUUUUAUGACUCCAGGUAAUAGCUUUGCCCCUGGUCAUAGGCAAUUAUGGAGGCCAUUUGUAUCAUUUGAACAGAAUGAGCAAUCAAAGAGUGGAGAUAACGGAUUAAAUAAGGGUUUUUCUUUUAUCUUCCAUGAAGACUUACUGGGAGCUUGUGGUAACUUUCAAGUUGAAGAGCCAGGGCUUGAAUACUCAUUCUCUUCCUUUGACCUGAACAAUCCAUUUUCACAAGUUCUUCAUGUAGAGUGUUCGUUUGAGCCAGAAGGAAUUGCAUCUUUCAGCCCUAGUUUUAAACCUAAGUCAAUUCUGUGCUCUGAUUCAGACAGUGAGGUUUUACACCCCAGGAUAUGUGGUGUUGAUCGAACACAAUACAGGGCUAUACGGAUUUCUCCAAGGACUCAUUUUCGUCCAAUUUCUGCAUCUGAACUUUCUCCAGGUGGUGGAAGUGAGUCAGAAUUUGAGUCAGAAAAAGAUGAGGGAGGUAUUGCUGUCCCUUCUCAAGUUGAUGUAUUUGAGGAUUCACAAGCAGAUCUCAAACCUCUGGAAGAAGAUGCAGAAAAAGAAGGGCAUUAUUAUGGAAAAUCAGAGCUUGAAUCUGGAAAAUUCCUUCCCAGAUUAAAAAAGUCUGGAAUGGAGAAGAGUGCACAAACAUCACUGGAUUCUCAAGAAGAGUCAUCUGUGAUGUUGCCAGUAGGAAACCAAGAUCCCUGUUUAGAAUGCAGUAUGAAAGAAUCUCUAGAUGGGAGGGCGAUGGAGAGUUCUAAAGUAAACUGCAGAAUAGUGGAGCCACGUGAGGAGACUGGCAGGUUCUGCGGUUGUAAAGCAGGGUGCCAUUUCCCCACAUACGAGGAUAAUCCUGUUUCUUCAGGAGAGCUUGAAGAGAGAAUGAGUGGCAGCCAGGAAAAGCAAUGCUGGUGGGAAAAGGCGCUCUAUUCUCCCCUUUUUCCUGCAUCACAGUGUGAAGAGUGUUAUACAAAUGCCAAGGGAGAGAAUGGUGUAGGAGAAUUUGCAGAUGUAAAGGAAGUAUCCAAUGAUGAUGAACAUCUUUUAGAUUUUAAUAUGGUUUCUUCUGUUUAUGAAGCAAGAUGUGCAGAUGAUAUAAAUGCUGAGGCAAAACCAAAUGGCUUCAGGAAGAAGAUCUACUCCAGUGGUAGCUCCAGCUCUGAAGACACAGCUUCAGAAGGUGGAAGUGAAUGGGCUGAUCCAUGUGAGGAGGAGCUUUUUUCUCGAACUCAACUAUAAAAACUGCAGAAUAGAACAGAUGAUUUAAAAGUAACAUGAGAUGGAAAACUAUCCUUGAGGGUCUGUAGCUCUAAAACAACAACUUGAGUUUCCUCUUCAGUUAAUGGAUUCAGAUGUGUAUUUAUCUUUCUCUUCUUGCUUAUUUUAUAGAUGAGGACACAGCUGUCCCGUUGAAGAUUUUUUUUUUCCCCAAAAAAACUGUUAAAUUCUUGGCUAUUUGAACUAGACUAGAUUGUGUUGUCAAAUCAAGAAUGGAUGUGCAUGUGCUUGUCUUAGUAGUACCACUGCUUUUUUGCAUCUUAAUUGCAGUUAUUUUCAUUCGUAACUGUAGCCCUACCACUAUUACUAUCUUCUUAGCAUCGCAGUGUCUACAACUACUUCUGCUAUUCAGAGACUUCAGCUUUCUGCACAUUAGGCUUUGUUCUUUAAGAACUGGGAGAUAAAUACUUAACACUGUAAUCUAUCAGUGCCUUUCUGAAUGCAGGAGAAAAGCAUGAAUGACUUGUCCAGUCUUCAUCCAGUAAUUCUCAUAACUUUGAAGUAGGAACAACAGGGUUGUGCUUUAGAGACUUACAGAAACUGUGUUUUCUAUCCUGUGAUUCCCCCCUCCCGCAAACCAACACUGAGGAUACCAUGGUUUGUAUUUUUGCUAACUGGAGAAGCCAAGGAUUUUUUGUAGGUAUGGAGGCAAUGUGGGGUUUUCUUUCCUUUUUUUUUUUUUCUUUUU